AUGGCGGUCAGCGAACGGAUAUCACAGCUCAUGAGCGCCCUCGAUACGGGCUCCGGCCCUGAUACCUCGCGGGCUACGUCACCAGGCAGCGAUUGGCGGCAGCCCAACAGUGGCGUCAACGGAGCAGACGACCGGCGCCGUCCACGGACAUUCCCCUACUUCGAAUACCUGCCGUACCAGACAGAAGACCAAAGCGAUCGCGAAGAGAGCCUCAACACAUGCCUGAAGCACCUUUACAUUGCCGUUUCGGCCGGCGACUUUGCGCCUGGCGCCGUACAUUGGACGCGCGAGAUCCGAGGCUGGCUCUCGCUCAAGUUCGACCUCCCCCGCACCACGCGCGUGAAGCUCGUGAAGCUCUACUAUGAGCUGGCGCUGGCUCCCGGUCUGGACUACCUGGUCGCGGAGCGCUUCGCUAGCAUGUUCAUGGUCCUGACGAAGCGUAAACAUUACCUGCGACCCGGCAAAGACCUCAUACUCGACUGGCGACCCCUGUAUCGAGAGCUGAAGAUGUUCGUCCUGCCCUCAGAAUCCGGAGGCUCACAUCCGCCAAACGUAAAGCGCAAUAUCCGUACGUUGACCAAGAUGUGCACCUUUGCGCAGUCGUACUUCGACCCCAAGGAGAUACCGGCUAUACUGGAAGAGCUCCUGCCCUUCUUCAGCACAUCGUUCAGCGAGAACGCAUUUGUGGUUGUCGGUCUAUUGAACCUGCUCUUUCCAACCCACCCGGCACCCGAGGACAUGCAGCAACUGCUGCCUCAAGAAUAUCUCCCGACCUUCUUCCAUCUAUGGUCGCUCGUCAACCGGUCGCGGCUCUUCGAUGCGCACUACAUUGAUACACUUUCGAGGCUGUCUAGGGACAACCUGACCGCGGCGCAUGUGCCUUUCUCACAAUACGGAGUGUUUACCGGCGAGCAGUCGUCUCAGAUCUUCACGGCUAUCCUGCGGCUACUGGAAAUCCCAGUCGGUCAAGCCACGUCACCAUACAGCAAUACUGUUGACCUAGGUGCAGGACUUGCUGUGAUGCUUGACCGUGACCCGCGGAAGCACCCGUCGACUCACCACAUUGCCCGCAUUAUCGCCAUGUCGUUAUCGCCUGCAUGUGCAGAGCAUUCUGACUCUACCCUGACUAAGCUCGAAGGGCUCAUCCAGGCUGUGGAGACUUUCUUCCAUCCAUCCAAUUCGGGUAGCUGGACUAGACCUCUGGCGCAGUUUGUCUACUACCUGGCCGACAUCUUUGUGCUGCGGUGGAAUCGAGAGCACAGCGGGGAGAUGGAUGUGCCAGAAGAGAGGAAGCUAAACGACGCGGUCAAGAGGCGCUUCGUACUCUGUCUACGAGAGGUCACAUUCAUGGGCAUCUUCUCCAAGAGCGACAAAGCCGUACAAUACGCCUUGUCCACCCUACAGAGCCUGGCACACCUCGAGCCCAACUUGAUUCUCCCCGGCGCACUACAACGCAUCUACCCCGCAAUGCAAGGGCUUGUCGAAGUACAUCGCACCAUCUCGUCAAUACGUGCGUUGCACAUGCUCUCCAAGGUCAUGGCUAAGACAAAGGGCUUCCGGUGUCACGUUACUUCUGUGCUCGGGCUUGCGCUCCCGGGUAUCGACGCCAACGACCUGGAAAAGACUGUGCAUACUUUGCAAUACGUCCAGGGCGUGUGCUACCUCAUUCCAUUCCAGGACCUCACCAAGGCGCGGAAGGCGUCGGAUGAGACAGCUCGAGAUGGAGCAACUACACCGGAUGAUGUUGGCGGUAACACAGGGCUUGCUUUGGAAUGGAUCACGGCACAAGUCGAGCGAUUAGAAAGCGCCAACGGGAACAUUGAGAUCAACUACGACGAGGAGCUCAGUGACGGGGAUGAGGCAAUGAUCUUACGGUCAUCCACGACUGGUCUCAACGAAUUCCUGAUUACAUUCCUUGGUCGCGUGUUCACGCUCCUGGAAAACUUGCCCGAUGCGUCUAGGGUCCGCAGUGGCUCUCCUGAAGAGUAUGUGGUUAACCAGCUACCAGCCGCUUUCACGCCGCUGCUUGCGGCACUCUCUCCGGAGCUGUACGAUGUUGCGCUUGAUAAGAUUGCGAACUUCAUCACAAACCAUGUCGUUCACCAAGCCAAAGAUGCCAUCGCAUUCAUUUGCAACAGUCUUGUCAAGAUCAACCCUGAAAAAGCACUGAAGCGUCUGUUGCCACAUCUUCUGGCAGGCAUCCGUACUGAGAUUGAUGAGAUUGGCGCUGGAUCGACGCGAACAACAGGCGCCGAGGUACUUCCCCGCGAUCGUGCUCUUGUUUGGAACCUUUGCAUUCUUAGCAUGUGUGUUGUCCAUGUUGGUGACGCAGUUCUUGAGUGGAAAGACGAGCUCUUCGAGAUUGCAGAAUACAUGCAGCAGAAGUGCCGCGGUACCCCCACCGUGCAUGUUUCCAACUUCAUUCAUCACUUGCUACUUAACCUUACUUGCACCUACACCAUCGACUACUCGAUCUACGAGCAAGAUGAGCUUGCACAAGGCUUGUCGACAGAGUCGUGGGGUAGACAGGUCGAUAUCAAGAAGCUGAACAUCAAGUGGCACACUCCGAGCUCCGACGAGAUUGACUUCGCCGUCAAGCUUUUCGAGACUCACGCCAACAACUCGAUGAAGGCACUCAAAGCCCUGACGCAACCAGACUCGCCGAUAAAGCGCGAAGGCACUGGCAAAGAUUGGUCCGACGAGGUUUCUCGAAAUCUUGUCCUGCUGCGCUUGAUCAUCUCCGGUAUCUCCGUCUUGUUUGAUGUUCGGCAUGAUCAGGCUGCUGAUGGCGCCACCGAGUCUGAUGAUGGCUCUGACGCUGAUGCGAUGGACACAGAAGGCAUCGAUGACGAUGCUGGCCUAGGAGAAGCUGAAGAUGAAGAGGUCAAGCCUACUUUCCAGUACGAAGCCGGCUACCCUCUGCGUCGUGGCGAUGACAACUACAACCUCAUUCACGAUCUUCGCGAACAGGUUGGCCAGAUGCUACACAACGUACAUCAAUUCUUGAUCGAGAAGCAGCCUGACGACGUGCCGUGCUUCAACUCUUUGUACAACGCCUAUCGGUCGUGGUUCAUCGAUGUUGGCAUCGAGCGAUCUGCCCAUGUGCUUGAUAGAAUUUCUAGGCUGUUAGAGAACGACGAGCGACCUUUCCGGUUCAGUGGAUUGCGAAAGCAAUACCCACGACCUCUACUGGUUCGCCGUGCAAACGUUUAUCAUCUGCAGCGUUUACGGCACAACGCUAACCCACGACCCAAGACUGAUCUCGACAUGAUCUUGCUGCUUGAUCUCGCCGAAUCCAGUAUCUCAGUCUACACAGAGAUCCGGCGCACUGCACAGACAGCCAAUGAGUCAGCCGUUAAGUGCGUGCUGGGUGCUAGGCCUCUUGUCAUUCCUCCUCUACUGGAUGCUUUCGUCAAGGCUGUUGCCGAGAGUGACUACCCUCGCAUUAAGGGUGCGAUGUUCACUCUUCUGUUCGGUAGCCUGGCAAAGACCAUCAGCCGCGACUGGCGAUUUACGCCUAAGCUCAUCAAAGCGUUCAUCGAGGUUACCGGUGCCGACAAGCCUUCGGUGCAGAAGCUAGCAACUAACGCUACUUUCCAAAUCAUGGACAUGGGUAAGGCAAUGGAGCGCAUGGUUAUCCUCCCGAAGGAGGUUGUGGAAGCGAUCGCAUACGCUAUCGACUCUAGCGAGGGCGAUAGUGUACAUACCAAAGUCAACAAGCGUCGGGACUAUAUCAAGAAGAAGCGCGCUCGCAUCGAAGGCAAGAAGGCUGAACUGUCCAAGGAGCUUGUCGAUAUUGCGAAGACCGAGCACUGGAAGAAGGUCAGUCGGACUGCAGCCAUCAUUGUCAACCUGGGAAUGCGUUACGACAGCAUUGCCUCUGACGAGAUGAUCGAUCUCGUGGCGAAGGGAUCCAUCGAUCAACAUCCUAGUCUUCGAGGCCUUUACGCUGGAGCGCUCAUUGGCUUGUACUCCGUUAUUCAGACCCGUGCGAUCACUGGACAUAACUACGAAAAAUACUUGCUCAGCGAAGAGGAGCUGCCGGAUAAGAUCUCGGUACCGACCAAGCCAGAGGAUCCAAACUGGACCGAGGAGUACCUCGCUUCGUUUGCGCAGCCAGAAGCCAAGUACUACGUCGACUUUGAUUAUCCUGGCUGGCUUGUGUGGAACAAGAGCAUGACCGCGUUCAAGCCCAAUGCGCCCCAGCUAUCGUAUGAUGAGGUCGAGAAUGGCGUCCGCCAAAAGAUCGCCAAGCAUCUUACUCGAUCUUGGUUCUCCAACUACUUUGCCUUCAUGAAGCAAGAGCCUCGUGACAACAGCGCCGACAGGUUCCGCAUGUCAAGCGCGAUGGUUUUGACUCACUCAUUCGAUCUAGUCUUCGGCGGGUUGACCGAGGCGACGUUCGAAGACAUCAAGGAUUUGACCCAGUCUGUCUACGCUGAUGGAAGCGACAAGCAUCAGCAUCGUGCCACCGCUGAGAUCAUGGCCGCACUGCUCUCAUGCGCCCCAGAUCUUAAGGCAGACCAGCGCGAAGCCGUGUGGGAAUACGUCUUCCCUAUCGUUCGUGGCAUCUUCCAAGACGGACUGACACCAGAGAACUCCGGUUACUGGACUACUUUCCUACAUGUUGUGUUGCAGUCGAAGGAUCCACGCCGAGGAUGGCCGCUGGUCGACUGGCUAGCUAGCUUCCGCCUUGACAUGGAGUCCAACGCCGCCUUCAAAGAGAGCUCCAAAGUACACUUGCUGACGCAAUGUAUCUGCGAUGCGGGGUGGCACUUCCGUCUAGAGAAGCCGAUCUUGGAAGACUUUAUGAAGCAUCUCGACCAUCCGUACAAGGGCGUGCGAGAAGCCAUGGGCCAGACCAUCGCGAGUAUCUUUAGGACACGUUACCACGAAUCGUACAAGGAUGUCGACACGCUGAUGAAGGCGCAAAAGGACGCUUCUUCGAUCGGCGAACGCCCUUACCAGCCUACGGAAGAGUUCACUAAAACCAUCACCGAGGUCUUUGAUCGCCUUGAGGUCUGGCGUGGGGAGCGUCCGGCAGGUCAACAGACACCUUCGUCGUACACGUCAGGUGGUAAGACUGUUCUUCUCUGGCUCGACUCUACGCUCUCCUCGUACGAGUGUACCUCGCUCGUUAGGUUCUUCCCCGAUAUGUUCAUGGAGCAGCUGCUACACAUGAUGGACAUCAAGGAGGACCCUGAAUUGCAGUCGCUCGCUUACCACGUCUUCCGCCACCUGCCCAACAUCCCGCAUCGCCAAGGUGAGGACUCAGACUUCAUCUCUGCUCUCAUACGCAUCGGACGCAACGCGACAAGCUGGCAUCAGCGUCUUAGAAUCCUCAUCAACAUCCAAGUGAUCUACUUCCGCCGACUCUUCCUCAUGAGCGAGGAGCAGCAACAGAGCAUGUUUGACUGCGUCUCCGCCAUGCUGUCAGACACACAACUCGAAGUACGAAUGGGUGCUGCCACCACGCUAUCAGGCAUGAUUCGUUGCUCGCCAAUUGCAUUCCGCGACCGCCAAGUCUCUACACUCAAGGAACGAUUUACCAAGCAGCUCAACAAGAACCCAUUGCCAAAGAAGCGCAACCCAGGAACGCCGACAACAGAACAAGGCAAGCUCGUCUUGACACGCCACGCAGCUGUGCUGGGUCUUGGUGCGCUUAUCCAAGCUUUCCCGUACCAGAGCCCUCCGCCAGCCUGGUUGCCCGACGUACUUGCGACGCUGGCUAGGAAGGCUGCGGCUGAUCCUGGCAUGGUUGGCAAGAGUGUCAAGACUGUUCUGGCAGACUUCAAAAAGACUAGGCAGGAUACUUGGCAUGUUGAUGUCAAGGCGUUCGAACAAGAGCAACUGGAGGACUUGGAGGGUGUGCUGUGGAAGAGCUACUUUGCUUAA